AUGGCUUUCCUGGAGGAUGGGAACCACACUGCAGUGACAGAGUUCAUUUUAUUGGGUUUAACAAAUGACCCUGUCCUUAAAGUAGUCCUCUUCACCAUCAUCCUGUGCAUCUACCUGGUGACUGUGUCUGGGAACCUCAGCACCAUCCUCCUCAUCAGAGUCUCUUCCCAGCUCCAUCACCCCAUGUACUUUUUUCUCAGUCACUUGGCUUCUACUGACAUAGGCUACUCAUCUUCUGUCACACCCAAUAUGCUUAUCAACUUCCUGGUGGAGAGAAAUACAAUCUCCUUCCUUGGGUGUACCAUCCAGCUUGGCUCAGGGGCUUUCUUUGGAACACUUGAAUGCUUCCUUCUAGCCACCAUGGCUUAUGAUCGUUUUGUAGCAAUCUGUAGCCCACUGCUUUAUUCAACCAAAAUGUCCACACGAGUCUGUGUCCAGUUGCUUGUAGGAUCUUACAUUGGUGGUUUUCUUAAUGCUUCCUCCUUUCUUCUUUCCUUCUUUUCUCUUCUCUUCUGUGGACCAAAUAGAGUCAAUCACUUUUUCUGUGAUUUAGCUCCUUUAGUAGAACUCUCCUGUUCUAGUGGCAGAGUGCCCAUAGUUCCUGCCUCAUUCUGCUCUGCCUUUGUCAUUAUAGUCACAGUGUUUGUCAUAGCCAUCUCCUACACCUACAUCCUCAUCACCAUCCUGAAGAUGCGCUCCACUGAGGGCCGCCACAAGGCCUUCUCCACCUGCACCUCCCACCUCACUGCAGUCACUCUGUUCUAUGGCACCAUCACGUUUAUUUAUGCAAUGCCCAAAUCAAGCUACUCCACAGACCAGAACAAGGUGGUGUCUGUGUUCUACAUGGUGGUGAUCCCAAUGUUGAACCCCCUCAUCUACAGCCUUAGGAAUAAUGAGAUUAAGGGUGCUCUGAAGAGAGAAAUUGGCAGGAAAAUAUUCUCCUAA